UCUUUUAUUUUUUUCUCUCACACCCUAUUUCUUUCUUUCUUUCUUUCUUCAUUGCACUUUCUUUUUUUUUUAUCAUAAUACGAACAUGAAUCUCUGGUGAUAAUGGUCGAUUCUACUACUAUUUCUAUGAACAGCAAUGAACCAAUGCCAUCUCCUUCUUUGACCAAAAGGAUAAAAGACCGAUUACCCACUUUAGAAGCUGUACGAAAAACUACCAAGGUAUGCAUAUCGUUAUUGAUUGGCUUUAUUAUGAACAUGGAUGGAACAACAAAGCAAGCUAUUGGAUCAGGCACUCUCUUCGUUGUUAUUACUUGUCUCUUUUACUUUCCUAAUAGAUCUCUUGGAGUGGUAUUGGAAUCAAUCAUGUAUGGAACGGCAGGAUCUCUUCUUAGCGCGGCAUGGUGUACUUUGGGCAUGUUUUUGGCAAAUCUAGCAAGAAAUCCUUUGGAAUCAGAACCAAUUCAAGCUGCCUCAAGUGCUGUAUUGGCUGUUUUCUUAUUUUUUGGUACUUUUGUCGUCAACUAUAUUCGGGUCUAAUUUCGCCUGCAUCUUCGCCUGUAUUAUCUUGACGAUGACAAUGACAAGUGCAAGCAGUAUACCUGGAUUUCAACCUGCGGUGAUGGUAACUAUAAACAAGAAUUUUUAGUG